CUGCUAGUCUAAGCUAUAGCAGGUCAACAUGUUCAGAGCAAGAGGCGGCGCGAUGUGGGCAGGGCUUUUUUAAUGCGACGGGGGCGAUGUGCAGCAAGUGAGUUACGGCUGGUCAGUGUGGUGCUCGCAUUUCUUUGAAGCAGCUGUAGCCUUUAAACCAUUCAGGCACGCCAACGGCUGGCGGGCGAGACGCUGUCUUUGUGUCCAGGACACCGGAGUUCACUUUUCCCGGGGUGUGUAUCCGUAUUCGUCCCAUCACCGUUACGGUUUCACUCUCCCCCGUGGUUGGAACGCCGUAAGGAACAGCGAUGCGCUCGUUAAAGGGAACGGGUUUCGCACAGACGUCCGGAAUACGCAUCCACGCGCCUCGGCUGCCUCGCAUCUCAGAAUGCUCUAUUAGCCAUACAAAGGAUUCCAUCAAGGACUUGGACUAAGAUACCACACACACUGCUUGUCAUGGGUGCGUCUACACGGUUGUUUCGCCACACUCAAUGGAUACGGUUUGGGUGAUCGCUUGUGCAAUGAGACAAUCUGGUAUUAUUAAGUAGCCAGCAUUAAUACAUCCCUGACAAUAUGGCUGAUCAGAGCAACAUCCAGUCAUCUGCUUCCAAGAGCAUAAGGCCGUUCAAAUCCAGCGAGGAAUACCUUUAUGCCAUGAAGGAGGAUCUGGCUGAGUGGUUGAACACUCUCUACGACCUGGAUGUUACGGCGGACACCUUUAUGGAGGGGCUCGGGACUGGCUGUGCCCUCUGUCGGCAUGCCAACAACGUGAAUCGCGCGGCGCUGGACUUCCAGCUGGAGUAUCCGGAGGCUGCCCAAACACUGAGGUUACCCAGCAAGGAUGUGGUGUUUCAGUCGCGAAAUGUUGUCCAGGGCUCCUUUUUGGCACGGGACAACGUGUCCAAUUUCAUCGGUUGGUGUAGACAGGAGCUCUGGAUCAAGGAUGUUCUGAUGUUUGAAACCAACGACCUGGUGGAAAGAUGCAACGAGAAGAAUUUCGUGUUGUGCCUGCUGGAGGUGGCGCGUCGGGGGGCCAAGUUCGGUAUGUUGGCACCGAUGUUGAUUCAACUGGAGGAGGAGAUUGAAGAGGAGAUCCGGGACCAGGAGAACCUGCGGGAGCCGGGGGAGCAGGCCGAGCCGAGCCCGCCCAGCAGGUGCUUCAGUCGGAAGGAGAGUGUGGGUGUGGAGGAAGACGUGAACGUGGACGAACCUGAUCCUUCCCCUUAUACCCACUGGCAACAGAAAAGAGUGCUAUGUGACAUGCGGAACUUAGACGAGUUGGUAAGAACAUUUGAGAAAGGCCUCUUUGUAGUUGAUGGUGUACAAAAUAUUUGUGCCUAA